GUAGCUGGGAGACCUGGUAUCUGUGCGGGUGGCGCGUUAGCCUGGGGUCACCGGGAUUGAUGGAGUUACCGAGGCAGCUGUGUAUUCUGCGACUGUCCUCUGCGUGCAUGCGCAGGUGCUUGGUCAGGUGGUGCUCUUGUCUGGGGCCUGAGGAUGCCCAGGUGGCUGGAACACAGGGCACAUGAAUUGAUGUAAGGGGACAUCUUGAGAACUCCCCUCCUCCAAUGCCGGGCAUAUUUAGUGGAGGCCUGAGGAUGUCCGGGUUGAUGGAGUACUCCAUUGCAGAUUGUGGUUUCUGGAGAAGAAGGGCUGUGCCACUGUCCCUUUAUUCUUGAGCAAGUAUUUGGGUAGGAAGCAAGAGGUGGUAGGUAAGAUUCCGAGCAGGUGACCCUGGGCCCCUGGGCCCCUGGAGCAGACAGCGCGCUUCUCCAAGGUCUGGAGGGCGCUGUGGUUGGUGGAGAGACCAGGUUGGAGUUGCAGGCUGAAGGAGGGUAUCAGGGCCUAGAAACAGGUUGUGGGCAGAGGGCACCCUGCACGUCCUGUGGGUGUCUGAAUGGAAAACAGAAACUGGAACGGAUAGUAGGGACCUAUGUAGGAUAGUGCAGAGCUCUAGGGCAUUCAAGAUGGGCAGAGACUCCGGGUUGGAGAUACAGAAUUUGAGUCCAGGAAGGACAGAGCUGCAACAGCUGCCAUCAAAUUGGUAGCUGGGGAGGAAGCAGUAUGUUGCCAGCAUCGUUAUGAAGCAGGUGUUGCUGAGACCUUUACUUGGGCUAUGCUACUUGCAGGCAUGAGAAUGUGCAGGUUAGUAGAGGGACAGAGUCUGUGCUGCAGAUUUGGUGCUGGGAAGAGCUGACCGCAUGAUACCCAGGCCCUCGUGUUUGGGCAAGAGAAGUCCAAAGGGCCCAGUUCCUAUUGAGCUGCUAUAUCAUGGGCUUGAGAACCCCCACGCUGGCAAGUGCCCAAGUCCCGGGGCUGACUGUGGAGCUGUAUGCUCAAGCUACUGUUUAGUUGUUGUAGUGUUCUGGCUGCAGGCAAAUAGUGGGGCAGGUGACCCCCGAACCCACACAGAGGCUGUGGGUGCCUGAGAUGUCCCAGGCAGGUUGAGACACAGGGUGAGGGAUGUAGCUUCUUGUCUCAGGAGCAGGGUGUGCCCCCAGACUGGCAGAGGAGCCAGGUCCCGCAUGCAGAUUGUGAGCAUGAGCCUGCUCUGUGGCUGUGUCAGUAGGAGGAGGGAGCCUAGGUGGGUGGCCCGUGUGCAGUGGCUGCGGAAUAGAGGUCUGGGGGCUCCAGUUUGGAUCUGGUCUUAGGAGACAAGGGGCUGCUCCAGCAGCACUCUGCACAUGUGCUGGCGUUUGGGCAGAUUGGGGAGGCAUGGGCAGUCCUAGGACCCUGGUUCUGCCUGAGGAUGCCCAGGUGUGUGGAGGGAGCAGCUGCAGAGGGGCGGGACUGUGUCAGGCACCCCUUGUGCACACACACAGGUGUUUGGUUGGAAAACAGGAGGCCGGAGAUGAGUUUUAGACAGAGGGUGCUGCGGUCUUUGCGUGAUUGGAACCCUGAUCACAGCCUGAUGGUGCCCAGUGCAGCUCAAGACGUCAGCACCCUGCUGUGCCUGGAGGAGAGCAUGGAAGAGCAGGAUGAGAAGCCCCCAGAGCCCCCAAAGGCCUGUGCACAGGAUUCUUUCCUUCCUCAAGAGAUUAUCAUCAAAGUCGAGGGAGAAGACACUGGGUCACUGACCAUCCCAUCUCAGGAAGGAGUGAACUUCAAAAUUGUGACUGUGGACUUCACACAGGAGGAACAGGGUACUUGGAACCCUGCUCAGAGGACCCUGGACAGAGAUGUGAUCCUGGAGAACCACAGGGACCUAGUCUCUUGGGACUUGACAACUGCAGUUGGAAAAAAAGAUCCAACUUCAAAGCAGAGCAUUUUUGAUGAAGAACCAGCUAAUGGAGUGAAGAUAGAAAGGCUUACAAGGGAUGAUCCUUGGUUAUCUUCAUGUGAAGAAGUUGGUGAUUAUAAAGACCAGUUGGAGAAGCAACAGGAAAAACAAGAGAUACUUUUGCAGGAAGUGGCAUUCACUCAAAGGAAUGCAGUUAUUCAUGAGAGAGUCUGCAAAAGUGAUGAACCUGGGGAGAAGAGUGGUCUGAAUUCCAGUCUAUUUUCGUCCCCAGUUAUAUCCAUAAGAAACCAUUUUCAUAAACAUGUAUCACAUGCUAAAAAAUGGCAUCUUAAUUCUGCUAUAAACAGUCAUCAGAAGAUUAAUGAGAAUGAGACUCUAUAUGAAAAUAAUGAAUGUGGAAAACCCCCUCAGAGCAUUCACCUUAUUCAGUUUACAAGAACUCAAACAAAAGACAAAUCCUAUGGAUUUAGUGACAGUAUUCAAUCUUUUUGCCAUGGUACACCCCUACAUAUACAUGAAAAAAUUCAUGGAGGAGGAAAAACCUUUGAUUUUAAAGAAUGUGGGCAAGUUUUGAACCCCAACAUAUCCCAUAAUGAACAACAGAGAAUUCCUUUUGAAGAGAGUCAAUAUAAGUGUAGUAAAACCUCUCAGAGUUCCUCUGUUACUCAAAACAUGAGAAAUAAUUCUGAAGAGAAACCUUUUGAAUGUAAUCAGUGUGGGAAAUCCUUCAGCUGGAGCUCUCAUCUUGUUGCACAUCAGAGAACUCAUACAGGGGAGAAACCUUAUGAAUGUAGUGAAUGUGGAAAAUCCUUCGGCCGGAGUUCACACCUUGUGUCCCAUCAGAGAACUCAUACUGGAGAGAAGCCUUACAGGUGUAAUCAGUGUGGGAAAUCCUUUAGCCAGAGUUAUGUCCUUGUUGUGCAUCAAAGAACUCAUACUGGAGAGAAGCCUUAUGAAUGCAAUCAAUGUGGAAAGUCAUUCAGGCAGAGCUAUAAACUUAUUGCACAUCAAAGAACACAUACCGGAGAGAAGCCCUAUGAAUGUAAUCAGUGUGGGAAAUCAUUUAUCCAGAGCUAUAAACUUAUUGCACAUCAAAGAAUUCAUACUGGAGAAAAGCCCUAUGAAUGCAAUCAGUGUGGGAAAUCCUUCAGUCAAAGUUAUAAACUUGUUGCUCAUCAGAGAACUCACACAGGAGAAAAACCCUUUGAAUGUAAUCAGUGUGGGAAAUCCUUCAGCUGGAGCUCUCAGCUUGUUGCACAUCAAAGAACUCACACUGGAGAGAAACCGUAUGAAUGUAGUGAAUGUGGAAAAUCUUUUAACCGCAGUUCUCACCUCGUUAUGCAUCAGAGAAUUCACACUGGGGAAAAACCAUAUGAAUGUAAUCAGUGUGGGAAAUCCUUCAGCCAGAGUUAUGUUCUUGUUGUACAUCAGAGAACUCAUACUGGAGAAAAGCCCUAUGAAUGCAGUCAAUGUGGGAAGUCCUUCAGACAGAGUUCAUGCCUUACUCAACAUCAGAGGACUCAUACUGGAGAGAAACCGUUUGAAUGUAAUCAGUGUGGAAAAACAUUUAGCUUGAGUGCUCGACUUAUUGUGCAUCAAAGAACUCACACUGGAGAGAAACCCUUUACAUGUAUUCAGUGUGGAAAAGCUUUCAUUAAUAGCUAUAAACUUAUCAGGCAUCAGGCAACUCAUACUGAAGAGAAACUCUAUGAAUGUAACUAGUUUCUAAGUCAGCUGGGAUUUAUUCCCUUUUAUUCUUUUAAAAAGUUUAUUUUAAGGUAGUACAUGUUGUGGGAAGAACUACUGUAAAAAACAAUAUAUGUGGGAAAACUUCCAGUCCUCUGUUAAUUGUGCAUCUGAAAUUUGUUCUGGAAAAGAAAGGGGGAAAAUAAAUGAAUGAGUUUUCAACCUAGCAAUUCCAUAUACAACAUUAAACUUGAUUCUUAUGACAUAUUCCUAUGAAAAUAAUAAAUAUUGGCACUUUUCCUUGCAGAAAGCACUCUGACCUGAAUCAGAGAAAAUCAUAUGCCAAAGCCAGCUGCCAGUGUGUUAGACCUUUUUCCAUAAAGAGUAAAUGGAAUACUAACACUAAUGGACUUACUGAGAAGAUUGAAAGGUUGCUGUAGUGUUUAAACUUAGGCUGGAAAACCAUAUUUUAGUGCUUAAUUUUACUACAUGAUCUUCCAAUGAGAUAGCUUGUAAUCUGUUCCUUAUAGCACUUGCUGUUACAUGUGAAGAUUUUGUAAAUUUUAGGAAUGUGUCUACGAUAUGUAGUGAAAAAUGUGGAAAAAUAAUAUAGAAAUAAUAUUCACUUCUAUAACCAUUAUGAUAAAAUAUUUGUGUAUGGAUUAGAAUAGAAAGGGAUUAUGGAUAUGUCUAUUCAGUUUUUUGAUUUAUGUUUGGCCUUUUUGGAACGUAUGCUGUUGUGCUAUGAUAAAUGAUAUAAUGAGUAAAACGUACUCAAA